UGUUGUGUUGCUGGACACCUGUGGGUUCUGGCAAGUUCUUCCAGUGCAAUCCGUGCUUCGUGCACCGUUGCAUGGGACACAGAUGUUCUUUAGGUGGAGUUCUCUCGCCAUCUGUCCAUGGAUACAGAUGUACGUGGCAUCUCUUCCUAGAAGUUCCUCUCUAUAUAUUGAGGUGCGAAGCCACAUCCCCUCUGGAAUAAACAAGUUGCCCAAGAAGACAAGAAAGGAGAGACACCAGUCAGAAAAGAGGUUUAGAGUGACAAGAUCAUGGCGAGUGCAAAGGCAAUGGGGCAGGCAGAGAGAGAUCACUUUGUUCUCAAGAGCGGGCAUGCUAUGCCGGCCGUUGGAUUAGGCACUUGGAGAGCCGGCUCCGAUACUGCUCACUCUGUUCAAACAGCCAUCACUGAGGCUGGAUACAGGCAUGUCGACACAGCUGCUCAAUAUGGCAUAGAAAAGGAGGUCGGCAAAGGGCUUAAGGCUGCAAUGCAAAAUGGAAUCGGCAGGAAAGAUUUGUUCGUGACGUCAAAACUAUGGUGCACAAACUUGACUCCUGAGAGGGUGCGACCAGCAUUGGAGAACACACUCAAGGAUUUACAGUUGGAUUAUAUUGAUCUUUACCUUAUCCAUUGGCCGUUCCGACUAAAAGAUGGGGCACACCAGCCUCCGGAAGCUGGGGAAGUGUUAGAAUUCGACAUGGAGGGAGUAUGGAAGGAAAUGGAAAACCUUGUGAAAGAUGGACUAGUUAAGAACAUUGGCGUCUGCAAUUACACAGUGACCAAGCUGGACCGGCUGCUACGAUGUGCAAAAAUUGCACCGGCAGUAUGCCAGAUGGAAAUGCACCCUGGUUGGAAGAACGAUAAGAUUUUUGAGGCAUGCAAGAAGCGUGGAAUCCAUGUUACUGCUUACUCUCCAUUGGGUUCUUCAGAGAAGAACCUUGCUCAUGACCCUGUUGUUGAAAAGGUAGCCAACAAACUAAACAAGACCCCAGGGCAGGUGCUCAUCAAGUGGGCUCUGCAGAGGGGAACGAGUGUUAUCCCGAAAUCAAGUAAAGAUGAGAGGAUCAAGGAGAAUAUCCAGGUGUUUGGAUGGGAGAUCCCCGAAGAAGACUUCCAGGUCUUGUGCGGCAUCAAAGAUGAGAAGCGUGUGCUGACCGGAGAGGAGCUGUUCGUGAACAAGACCCACGGGCCGUACAAGAGCGCAUCGGAGGUGUGGGAUCACGAGAACUGAGCUCGCGUGCUGCAGCCUGUGAUGUUGAAGAGGUGGGCAUGACUUGAAUAAUGCAUGGGUGCUGAAGAAGUGAGGACUGAUGGAGCCAUGGAGGGAUCAGCGUGCUCCCUACAUGCUCUGUAAACAUGGUCGUGUACGAUAAAUAAAAACGGCGCUAGGGUCUCCCCCUGGCUCUUCUCCUACAUGCUUCGUGUUGUUAGUGGUUUGGUAAUAUUGCCUUGCGCCGGC